AUGAUGAAUUCUUUGGAGUCGCUCUCAUGUCUUAUUUGCGCAAAAGAAUUCUAUAAUAAGAAAUCUUUGGUCCGGCACACAUCAUAUUGCCGAAAGGCCAUAGGACGCGUGCGCUCUCGAAAGCGAGCAUGUCAAGCUUGUACCAAAGCUAAAGCACGUUGCGAUACUGCCUUUCCACACUGUUCACGCUGCUCGGCGCGUAGUCUCAUCUGUCACUAUGCCUCUGACUCUCAUGCUCGAUAUCAAUUAGAAACACCAAAGCCGCGAACUAGCUACUCGAUGUCGCAGGAAGCAGCGGAUUCUCCUGUUGCUACUUUGGGGAACCAACAAGUCACUAACUCGGACCUCGUCAAAUCUUGGGCGUAUAAUGACUAUGACCCUUAUUCAGUCACUCUCAAUUCCAACCCAUUCGACAGCGACAAAAGACCUUCUCAACUCACAGGUGGCGAAACCUGGGAGUUUUCUGAUGAGACCGAUUCGGUCGUACAAGACUCCCUAACAACAUUGUUUCCACGGCCUUUGAGACUAUUCGUCCCAGAGUGCUUUACCAAUAGCAAAUCUCCUCUUACCCAGCGUUAUCUUCUGUGUACUCUCCGCUCGUAUCCUGUCAUGAUGCUUCGCGGUCAGAACCCUCCAUUUAUUCACCCGCGUACUCUCUUCGACGAUCCUGGGGAUUUUCAAUCCAGGCAAACAAUCAAGGCAGGGCCGCUGGCCGUUUGCAAUGAAAUUUUGCAAAUGUUUACGAUGAAGAACGGAGAUAACGUUGUACAAAUCUGGCGAGCAGUAAGAAUGGAGCAAGAAAGAUUAUUAUUGGAGUGCCCCGGCUAUGACUACUACAAUACUCUUGCUGCUCUUCAGGCCAUAUCUAUAUACCUUAUUCUCCGUAUCUUUGAGAAGAACGAAGAGGCAACCGACUUUGACGUUCCGUUGGUACAGACAAUGCUAGAGCUUGCGAUUCAUUUGACUUGGCUAGAGAAAACCCGUCCCCUACUUAAUCUUUCAGACUGGCAGGACUGGAUUUUAACGGAGUCAAAGAUUCGUACUUCUAUAUUUCUAUGCAUCAUGCCCUUUUUCUUUGACAUACAUCCCGCAAUUUUGCUCUUCCAUCAAUGUAACGGAGAGGCACUUCGCACCAGUCGACUACCAAGCGGACGAAAUAUAUGGCAAGCAAAGUCGAAAUCGGAAUGGCUAAGAGAAUAUGAGAUGCAGUGUCACAGAGUCAUGCCUCACAGCUCCAACUCAAACCUGACUUAUUCAAAUCUUUUGGAUUAUAAUCUCAAGAAUGACGCUAGUCUUGACCUUUGGCUAUCAGAGAUUGAUGACUUUGGAAAUUUUGUCAUGGCUGCAGCGACUUUACAGGAUUGA